AUGUCAGUAGCACCAUGGUAUUGUGAUGGCUGUGGUCGAAUCAAUAGUUCAGUUCGAUAUCAAUGUGAACAAUGUCGAGGAUUCAAUACGUAUGAUUUAUGUGACCAAUGCAUUGUAAAGGCGAAAGCACUUCAUCCAAAUCAUUCUUUUAAAUUAGUACCACAAGCUUUAAUCGGUACACCCGUCAUCAAUACAACAUUGCCAUACUAUUACUCAUGGAGCACGAUUAGUUAUCCACAAUCAACGUGGUCACCAUAUGUUCCAUUGAGGCAACCAAAAGUGAAAAUAUCCUACGAAUAUCAAACUUAA